GCCAGAAAGCGGGGUCGAGAUGUGCCGGUCAGAGUACGGGGGCGGAGCCUGGUGGCGUGUGGGCGAGGCCAGGGUGCAGGCUGAGCAGCUUGUGGGUGGGAGUCCUGGAACCAGCGGCCAGAUGGGCCCAGCACACACGAAGCCCUACCCCUCGCCCCGCCCAGGCCCCGCCUCGUGGCCCCCUCGGCCCCAUUUCCUCUGCUGAGGCUGAGGCCCUACCCUACCCUCUUUGCCUGGUGCCGGGAGCGCGUUUUUGCGUCUCCGGGUCCGCCGCUUCUCGCCCCUUCUGGGCCUUCCGUGCACCCAGCCUCCUGCAGUCCAGCAUGUUUUCCAGCUUGAAUGAAUGGCUGUGGCAGGAGGAGUUAUGGUUACCACCCAACAGUACUUGGGCACAGCUGGAGGACCGAGAUGGCUUGGUGUUUGCCCACCCUCACCACAUGCUUGCUGCCCUACCACUGGCGCUGGUCCUGGUGGCUUUGCGCAUGGUCUUCGACAGAUUUGUGGCCCUGCCCUUGAGUCGGUGGAUGGGUGUGCGGGAUCCAGUCAGGAGGCAGAUGCAACCUAACCCUGUGCUGGAGAAACAUUUCCUUCAGACUGGGCGGAGACCCAAGGAGACCCAGAUGGCCCUUCUGUCCACCCAGUGUGGUCUUACACUGAGACAGACUCAACGCUGGUUCCGGAGACGUCGGAACCAGGAUCGGCCUUGCCUGUCCAAGAAGUUCUGUGAGUCCAGCUGGAGGUUUGUCUUCUACCUGUGUUCCUUUGUGGGUGGCAUCUCUGUUCUCUACCAUGAGCCAUGGCUGUGGACGCUGUCGUUGUGCUGGGAAAAUUAUCCAGAGCAGACCCUGAAUCUGGCCCUGUACUGGUGGUACCUCCUGGAGCUGGGUUUCUACAUUUCACUUCUAAUCACACUGCCCUUCGACAUCAAACGCAAGGAUUUCAAGGAGCAGGUGGUACAUCACUUUGUGACUAUUGGGCUGAUAGUCUUCUCCUACAGCACCAACCUACUGUACAUUGGCAGUGUGGUAUUGAUGUUGCAUGACUGCUCUGACUACCUGUUGGAGGCCUGUAAGAUGUUCAACUAUGCAGGCUUUCGGCGAAUGUGCAACGCUCUCUUCGUCAUCUUCUCCUUAGUCUUCUUCUACACCCGCAUCAUAUUCUUACCCACCCAGGUCAUCUACUCCACUUUGUUUGACUCCAUCAAGAACUUCAGCCCGUUCUUUGGCUACUACUACUUCAACACGCUACUGGUGAUGCUGCAGAUGUUACAUGUGUACUGGUUCCUCCUCAUCCUGCGCAUGUUCUAUGGUUUCUUCAAGAAGGGUCAGAUGGGAAAAGACAUUCGCAGUGAUGUCGAAGAAUCGGACUCAAGCGAUAAUGAUGAGGCAGUUCCCGAAGGCCUGCAGCUGAAGAAUGGGGUCACUCAAGGGUCUGGGGCAGCCACCACCAAUGGUCCCCGGAGCCGAGCAACUGGGCGCCUGGCCAAUGGGCACACCCGGGCCAUGUAGUCUGGCAGUGAGGGGUUUCCUCCAACACUGUGGAUAUCUGGAUACUGGACUGGUGACUCUUGGAGACAGGGAGGUCCUACCACAAGAUAGGCAGAGGACUGGUGAUCUGUUUCCAGUUCUUUUCUUCCUACCCAUAUUCUCUUCAUCCCUCUAAACACAUGGACAGAGCCUGAGGGGAGCAGCAGGACUCUGCAUCUGGCCAGAGCCAUCCUCAGGGUGUAGGUUGAGGGCUG